AUGGACUCCGCGGAGUAUGCCCCUUUCCAGGAAAAGGUGAUCGCCGCUGUGUUGAAUGUGUCUCGCACCGUAGGUCAGCUCGCCUCGGAGGAUUUGAAUUUCCAUCGCAGCUCCAGCAGCGAUUUCACCGAGUUGCUCGACGAGGAGAGUGAAAGAGUACUUUCUUUGACUUCGGCAGUGUUGAAAGCGGCCACGAACGGAACAGACCUCCAAGCGCCGAAGCUGAAAGAUGAAGAUUCGAUCGAGGACAAUUGGCGCGGCGUGGUCGACGUGAUCGACUCGCUUCUCGAAAAGGCAGAUGCGUGUCUCGAUGAAUUUACAGGUGUGAUCAAGAAAUUGAGUCCGUCGCAGGAAGAACAGGCCCCCAUCGCAAGAAAGACAACGAAGUUCCCCACUAUCUACGACUACGGCCCGUCAAAGAUCCCGAAGCCGCAGUUGCUCUUUGAUCAGAAAGUUGAUAACUCAGACCUGGGUCCUUUCCGCCCCUUACUCAAAACCAAGCCACAUGCGAUUGUGCCGUUGGAAAAAUCGUUGCAGACACAGCAGAUUGACGGAAAAGAGGGCUACCCCAGCCCUUACGAUACCGAGAUCCGUGCUGCGCAAUACCAGAAGCCAGUGUACGAAAAUUCACCCCCGAUCGACUAUCUGCCAUUUGAGGACACAACUGCUACAUUUGUCGAUACUUUGGACGGAGUCAAGGAAAUGCUUAAAGAGCUGAAAGAGGCGAAAGAGAUUGCGAUUGAUUUGGAACAUCAUGAUGUGCAUUCCUACCAUGGUCUUGUUUCGUUGAUGCAAAUCAGCACACGGGAUAAGGACUGGAUCGUCGAUACCCUGAAGCCAUGGAGACAGGAGCUUCAAAUUUUGAACGAAGUAUUUGCGGAUCCCUCGAUUCUGAAGGUCUUACAUGGUUCCACCAUGGAUAUAAUCUGGCUUCAGCGCGAUCUGGGCCUGUACAUGGUUGGCAUGUUUGACACUUUCCACGCAGCAUCUGCAUUGGGAUACCCGAAGCGGAGCUUGAAGUAUCUGCUGCAGAAAUUCGUCAAUUUCGAAGCCGAUAAGCGAUACCAAAUGGCUGAUUGGCGUGUCCGCCCUCUUCCAUCCGGCAUGUUUGACUAUGCCCGCUCUGAUACCCAUUACCUUCUUUUCAUCUACGACAAUCUACGAAACGAGCUCAUCGAAGCAUCAACCCCGGAUGGCAACCUGAUCGACUACGUCAAUGAGCGAUCGCAGAACGAGGCGCUCCAACGAUAUGAGCGUCCGGUAUAUGACGAGACGAAUGGACACGGUCCGGGAGGGUGGUACGACUUGUUGACUCGCAAUGCAGGCGUACUCAGCAAAGAGCAAUUUGCCGUUUUCAAGGCCGUGCACAAGUGGCGCGACGACAUUGCACGAGCAGAAGACGAGGGCUUCCAGUGUGUUUUCCCGAAACACAUGCUCUUCCGGCUGGCCCAGACCAUGCCCCUUGAUAUGGGCUCCCUGCUCCGCACCUUAUCACCCAUGACUCCAAUCACCAAGGAACGCAUCGACGAUCUUCUGGAUACCAUCAAAGAAGCCAAGGUCGCUGGUCUCACCGGCCCCGAAUGGCGUGACAUCGCACCCCCGCCAAAAUACGCUCCAAAGCCCAUUGCAGUGGAGGAUGCGGACUUGCCUAUUGCUGAACGUUACGAAAAGUCUCAGUUCUGGGGCAACACUCUGGAUAUCUCCCAGCCUGCUGCUCCUCUGGAGUAUUCUCUUGCCGCCUCUACCGAGGCACUCCGACUUUCUCUUCCCUUGCCGCCGAUGCCAUCCACCGUUGCUGAAGCGCGACAGAAGUUUGUUGAUGUGAAGAUGGAGCCGGUUCCAUCUCCCAGGGCGGAUCCUUCACCUGUCGCAACCCCUGAGGCACAAGAGGAGAAGAAGGUCUUCACUGUUAAGGAACUUGGUGGUCCUCGCAAGCGCAAGGUCACCCCAGUUGAUCAGCCAGAGAAAGAUCUACUAACCCUCGACGGCUUUGAUCACGAUAGCAUGGACGAAGAGUCCGAAGCGAAGCAACGCAAGAAGGCCCGGAAAGAGAGAAAGGCCCAAAAGGCCAGGGAAGCCGCUCAGGCUCAGGCCGACUCUACUCCGUUUGAUUACGGUGCCGCAGACUCGGUCUUACACGCACCCUCUGCACAGGCCCCUGGAAUGCAGUCCAAGCAUAGGAGGGCUCACAACCCUUACUUGAAGGCGCUUGAAGCUCCAUCGGGUGUGCGCCAUGGCAAGCGCGAAAUCGCUGGCAAGUCUGUUACAUUCCGCAAGUAG